AUGAAAAGAAAAGAAUGUGUGAAGGUGGUUGUAAGAGCUAGACCAUUGUCAAGUAAAGAAGUAUGAUAAAUCAUUUAUUUUAAGAUAGAAGAAGGUAGAAAGAGAAUAGUAGAAGUUGAUACAACAAGAAAAGAAAUCAUUAUUUAAAAUAUAAAAGGUGAUGGAAAUGAAGCACAAAGAACAUUCGUUUUUGAUGAAGUUUUUGAUAUGAAUUCACAAUAAGAGCAAGUAUAUCAUAAUACAGCUUUGCCUAUUGUAGAAAGUGUCAUGGAUGGGUAAAUUUAGAAUAUAUUAUAGUUAUAAUGGUACAGUUUUUGCUUAUGGUUAAACUGGUACAGGAAAAACUCAUACAAUGGAAGGUAAGAAUGAUCCUCCUCAUGAAAGAGGUAUCACUCCAAGAACAUUCGAUCAUAUCAUCAAAGUUAUUGAAGGAACACCAAAUAUACAAUUUUUAGUUAGAUGUUCUUAUUUAGAAUUGUAUAAUGAAGAAAUUAGAGAUUUAUUAAGUCCAAAUCAUCUCACUAAACUAGAAUUAAGGGAAAAACCUGAAUAAGGUGUUUUUGUAAAGGAUCUCUCUAAAAUAGUUGUAAAAUCUGUAGCUGAAUUAAAUGAAUGGUUAAAAGCUGGUAGAGCUAAUAGAAAGGUUGGAGAAACUAAAAUGAAUUAAGAAUCAUCUAGAUCUCACUCAAUAUUCACACUUACUAUUGAAUCAAGUGAAUUUGGAGCAGAUUAAUAAUAACACAUAAAAUCAGGAAAAUUAAAUUUAGUUGAUUUAGCUGGUAGUGAAAGAUAAUCAAAGACAUAAGCAGUUGGUGUAAGAUUUGAAGAAGCUAUUAAUAUUAAUUUAAGUUUAACAACACUUGGUAAUGUUAUAACAUCAUUGGUUGAUGGAAAAAGUUAACAUAUUCCAUACAGAGAUUCUAAAUUGACUCGUCUUUUAUAAGAUUCUUUAGGAGGUAAUACAAAGACUGUUAUGGUUGCAAAUAUUGGACCAGCUGAUUAUAAUUUUGAUGAAACAAUGUCAACAUUAAGAUAUGCUAGUAGAGCUAAGAAAAUUUAAAAUAAUCCAAAAAUUAAUGAAGAUCCAAAGGAUGCUAUGAUAAGAGAAUUUUAAGAAUAAAUUAAUAAAUUAAAGGAUGAAUUAGCAAGGAAAGCAGGAGGAGUUAUAGGACCAAAUGGAUAAAUUUAAAAAAUUAAAGAAUAAGUAAUUGAAGUUGAAGAUGAUGAAGAAUUAACUGAAUUGUAAUAAAAGGCUUAAAAAGAGAAAGCUGAUUUAGAAUAAUAAAUUAUGUAAUAGAGAAGAUAAAGUACAUUAUAAGAAGAAGAAAAGAAAUAAUUAUAAUUGAAAUUAAAAGAGAAAUAGAAAUUAGAGCAUAAUCUUAAGAAAGAAUAAGAAAACAUGCAUAAGAAACUUUAAGAACUUUAGGAAUAGUUGUUACAUGGUGAUAAAAUGAAAGAGGAAUCAAGAUAGAAAGAAAAAGAAUUAUUAAAAGCAAGAAUGGAAUUAGAAGAGAGAUCAUAAUAAGCUAGAAGACAAGCAGAAGAAUUAGCCAAAAAAGAAGCUAUGUAAAUGGAAUAAGAAUAGAAAUAUAAUUCAACCAAAGAAGAGAUUGAAGCCAAAACAUAAAAAUUAAAUAAUUUAAUAUAAAAAAUUAAAGAAUUAAAAAGUUAAGCUUAAGAAUAGACUUAAUUUAGAUAGAGAUAGAAAGAAGAAUUAAUAGAGGAUAAUAGAGAAUCUUUGAGAUAAUUAAAUCUUAUGAAUCUAAUAAUUGAACAUUUUAUUCCUGAAGAUGAAGGUAUUUGAUUAAAUAUUAUUAAUAUAGAAAAGAGAUUAAAAGAUAAAUUAGAAUUUUCAGAAGAGUAAGAUGAUUGGAUUAUUAAGGAAUUUGAAGCAAAUCCAUUAAAAAAACCAACAUCUGCAUUUUGUUUCAAAAGACCUAUCUGUAAUUUUUCAAGAAUGGCAAUCAAUUUUGGUGAUGCUAAUCCUAGAUAUAGACCAGAAAACAUUUUAUAAACUGAUCUAGAUUUACCAUAAAGAAUGACUGAAGAUUUUUCUCUUGAACCUUCAUAAAAAAUAUAAGAAGUUUUAAAUGUGGCUUUGAAUGAAGAUGAAGUAAAAAUUUUAAUUAGAAAAUAUUUAGGAAGAAUAAUAAAUGAUAUAAAAUGAAAAAUAAGCUAAUGUCUAUAUAGAAGAUCCUUCAAUAAUCAAUAAGGAAGCUAUAUUGAAUCCUCCAUCCAAUCCUAAUAAAGUUCGAUUAUAAUCGGCAAUUAAGAAGAAUGCUAGAAGACCUUAAAGUGGAUUUAAAAAAUGAG